GCACCCGCAAUCUCUCCAGCACAUUAACCAUUUUAGCGCUGUGUCAGCGAAUGCGCACGAGAGAAAGACAGAUGUAGUAGGCUUUACUCGCUCAACAGAAACAUAUUUUCAGCAUACGGGCACAGCAUAAAUGGAAAAACGCCGCUGAGUCGCAGGUGAACGUGAGGACCACUGAAGGAAACUCUGCGUUGCGCUAUUGCGGUGAUGGAGCUCAGACUCAGAGCACUUGUAGCUGCGCUCCGUUUAUCUGAUGCUGAACGAUGCUGAGAGUCUGGCCUCAGGAUGUUGGAAUUGGGCACGUGUUCGGUCAGCGCUCAGACCCUCUCUGACCGUAAUGCCCUGGAAGUCCCGUCUUUCGGUCAGGGCGUGUGUGGUGGGAGCUUACCCCCGCGAUGUUUCCUCCUCCAGCCCAAGGACCCGGAGAGCUGGCUCAAGCACCGGGGAACCCUGGAAGACGGCUCCCUCACCUGUUCUCUCCUGGAGCCCCAGAGACUGUCUGACAGUUUCCUGUACCAUGCAUCUAGUUUCGAUACACUUUACGUCCCCCACGCCCACCCGAUGUGUCUGGCACCAUCCUCCCUGGAUCUGGGUGGGUCAUGCGAGGGGGCGGCCGCGUUGGGUCUGGACCCCGACAUGCCCGUCAGCCCAAAUAUCAUUAACAGACGCAGGGGGGGACUUAUUGAACAACGGGACAUCAUUAAAGCACAUCAGGCGCACAAGAUCCACAGCACCCCACAGGCCCGGCGAAAGGAAUGGGAAAUGGCUCGCUUCGGAGACGAUGUUCCCGGUCUGCUGGGAGCCGGGGAUGGGGGCUCGGAGCGCAGUCGGAACCGGGAUGCUCCUGCGGUAUCCACAGGUGGAGUUUCACCAGCCUUCAAACAGACCAAAGCGCAGCGAGCUCGAACUAUGGCUCUGUACAACCCCAUCCCAGUUCGACAGAACUGCUUCACCGUCAACAGAUCGCUCUUUAUCUUUGGAGAGGACAACAUCGUUAGGAAGUAUGCUAAGAAGAUCACAGAAUGGCCUCCGUUUGAAUACAUGAUCCUGGCCACCAUUAUCGCCAACUGCAUCGUCCUGGCCUUGGAACAGCACCUGCCUGAAGAGGACAAGACACCCAUGUCAAAGAGACUUGAAAAAACAGAGCCCUACUUCAUAGGAAUGUUUUGCUUAGAAGCUGGAAUAAAAGUCAUUGCUUUGGGAUUUGCAUUCCACAAGGGCUCGUACCUGCGGAACGGCUGGAACGUGAUGGACUUCAUUGUCGUUCUGAGUGGGAUUCUGGCCACAGCAGGAGCCCAUAUGAAUAUUUCAUUAGACCUGCGAACGCUGAGGGCUGUGAGGGUAUUACGGCCCCUUAAACUGGUUUCUGGCAUUCCUAGUCUGCAAAUAGUUCUGAAAUCCAUAAUGAAGGCAAUGGUGCCACUGCUACAGAUUGGUCUGCUGCUGUUUUUUGCCAUUCUCAUGUUUGCCAUUAUUGGACUAGAGUUUUACAGUGGAAAACUCCACAGGCAAUGUGUACCAGGCACUAAAAGUAAAGCGGGUCACACACUGACAAACUUAUCUGAAUCUGAUCAAUGUGGGUUCAAGAAAUGUGCUGAAAAUUUUACCUGCAAUGACGAAUGGCCCGGACCCAAUGAUGGCAUCACUCAGUUUGAUAACAUCCUAUUUUCCAUACUCACUGUCUUCCAGUGCAUCACCAUGGAAGGGUGGACAGCCAUACUCUAUUAUACCAACGAUGCCUUAGGCCCUACAUGGAAUUGGCUCUACUUCAUUCCUCUAAUAAUAAUUGGCUCCUUCUUUGUCUUGAAUCUGGUAUUAGGAGUCCUGUCAGGAGAGUUUGCCAAAGAGCGUGAGAGAGUGGAGAACCGAAGGGCUUUCAUGAAGCUGAGGAGACAGCAGCAGAUCGAGAGGGAGCUGAACGGGUAUCGGGCCUGGAUUGACCGUGCAGAGGAGGUUAUGCUUGCAGAAGAGAGCAAGAAUUCAGGACCUUCUGCUUUAGAUGUGCUAAAAAGAGCCACCACCAUAAAGAGAAGAGGGGUGGAUGAUGUUCGGAGAGCUCCAGAGGAACAGUAUGCUGACAUCUCGUCUGUAGGGAUGCCAUUGAACAGAGUCAGCAUACGCAGUGCUAAACGAGGACCUACAUCCUAUUUCCAGCGGAAAGAACGCAUGCUACGGAUCUCCAUUCGGCGUAUGGUGAAGACUCACACCUUCUACUGGAUUGUUCUGGGUCUGGUGGCCCUCAACACUCUUUGUGUAGCCAUCGUACAUCACAAUCAACCUCCGUGGUUGUCUAGUCUUCUCUACUAUGCAGAAUUCCUGUUUCUGGGUCUGUUUCUUACUGAGAUGUUUCUGAAGAUGUAUGGACUCGGGCCCAGACUCUAUUUCCACUCAUCCUUUAACUGCUUUGAUUGUGGGGUGAUAAUAGGGAGCAUUUUUGAGGUACUCUGGGGGUUCUUCAGACCUGGCACAUCCUUUGGGAUCAGCGUUCUGCGUGCCUUGCGGUUGUUGAGAAUUUUCAAGGUCACCAAGUACUGGGCAUCCCUGAGGAACCUGGUUGUAUCUCUGAUGAACUCCAUGAAGUCCAUUAUCAGUUUGCUCUUCCUGCUUUUCCUCUUCAUUGUGGUCUUUGCACUGCUGGGCAUGCAGGUCUUUGGUGGAAGGUUCAAUUUUGAAGACUAUACACCAACUAAUUUUGACACUUUUCCAGCAGCCAUCAUGACAGUGUUUCAAAUUCUCACUGGCGAGGACUGGAAUGAAGUCAUGUACAGUGGCAUCCGGUCUCAAGGUGGAGUGAAGUCAGGGAUGUGGUCAUCUGUCUACUUCAUUGUUCUGACUUUGUUUGGAAAUUAUACACUACUCAACGUCUUCUUGGCUAUCGCUGUUGACAAUUUGGCCAAUGCCCAGGAGCUCACAAAGGAUGAAGAGGAGGAGGAAGCGGCGUUUAAUCAGAAACAUGCCCUGCAAAAAGCCAAGGAGGUUGGGCCCAUGUCCUCUUUCAUGUGCUCAGAGAGGAGGAGGAGGCCCUACCUGUACAGAAAGCGUGCAAUUCACCGGAGCCGUGCGGCCUACUCCUUCGAGGAUUCGGAGAGUCUGGCUGAUGCUCGUCCACUCAAUGCCUCUAACUCUUUCAUGUCCAGGAGAGAGAGAAGGAGGAGGAUGACUAUGUCAGUUUGGGAGCAGAGGACCAGCCAACUGCGCCGCCACAGGCAGAUGUCCAGCCGUGAGAUCCUUUUCAGCAGCCCGAGUGAAGAGCACGAUGGACCACCUGGCUGCGAUCACCACCAGACCACAGAGAUAUCUCCAUCUGACAGCAAGCACAGAGCCAUCGAGACCACUACAACCACUGCCAUGCCGGAGGCUACCUUAGAGCCACCCAUACCUAUGGACAUGCCUGGGGAUGAGCAAUCUCAGUCCAUUUCUAUCCCCGAACCCCCUUUAGCGAUUCCAAUACCAGAGCCACCAAUGCCUGCAGACAUAUCCCUUCCUGAACCCCCAGUGACGCUGAAUCUACCCUUAACAGAGCCGUCUGAAUCAAAGACCUCACCCGAGCAUUCUCUAGACAACAACCAUUGCCCCAGACUGAAUGGGAACAGGCGGCAGCGGGCAGUCCGUAAGUACAGGCCUCCUGCGAUGGGGGACACACUAACCCCUGAUAUGUGGCCCAGAUCCCGACGCCCACGCCACCGUGAAUCUCACACAGAUGCAAGGGGCAAAGAGACACAACAGGGAGAUGAUGGUGUUGACAGUAGAGAACAAAGGCCUGGGAAUGAGGGAGAUGAAAAGGAAUCAAAGAAUGAUGGAGGGAUCAGUCCAGAUGGCAGAGUGCUUGAACGGAGGCAGAACAAACCAGACAACUCUGAAUCAGAGCCAAAACCAGUUAAUUCCCCCUGCAAAAACCCACCUCAGGACUCAGAACCUGCAACUCUACAGCUCACUGAGAGCACACUCCAGCAUUCCCCACAGCGCACUAUGGGUGCCGGCGAGACAGAUAACAACAACCACAAAUCUUUGAAUCUGGAUAAGUCAUCCCUUAACACCAGCAUCAUGAUAGAAGUCACCGACACUCAGCCAUCCAUGGAGCUGACCUCCAUUACGGGUAAUAGUAAAGACAUGGAGGACUCAAAGCCAGAGAAAGAAGAAGAGGAAACCCCAGAUGCGCCCAAAGCCCCUAUACCUGUCAGCAUGUUCAUCUUCAAACCCGACAACCCGGUCCGCAGGGCCUGCCACUACAUUGUCAAUCUUCGUUAUUUCGAGAUGUCAAUCCUUCUUGUGAUCACUGCCAGCAGUAUCGCUUUGGCUGCCGAAGACCCCGUCAACACUAAUUCGGACAGGAACAAAGUGCUGCGAUAUUUUGAUUAUGUGUUCACUGGCGUUUUCACGUUUGAAAUGAUAAUCAAGAUGAUUGAGCUGGGUUUGAUCUUACAUGAUGGCUCCUAUUUCCGUGACUUGUGGAACAUUCUGGAUUUCGUAGUUGUGGUGGGAGCUCUGGUGGCCUUUGCUCUAACGAAUGUGAUGGGGAGUAACACAGGAAGAGACAUUAAAACCAUCAAAUCAUUGCGUGUGCUUAGAGUGUUGAGGCCUCUCAAGACUAUUAAAAGACUUCCCAAACUCAAGGCCGUUUUUGACUGUGUGGUCACAUCGCUAAAGAAUGUCUUCAACAUCCUCAUCGUCUACAAGCUCUUUAUGUUCAUAUUUGCUGUCAUUGCCGUGCAGCUUUUCAAAGGGAAAUUUUACUACUGUACUGACAGUUCCAAGGACACAGAAAACGAGUGCAAGGGUUACUACAUUGACUAUGACAAAGAAAAGAAAAAGGAGAAACGAGAAUGGAAAAGACAUGAUUUCCAUUAUGAUAACGUCAUCUGGGCCCUGUUGACUCUCUUUACGGUAUCCACUGGGGAAGGGUGGCCUCAAGUUCUGCAACACUCUGUGGAUGUGACUGAGGAGGACCGGGGUCCCAGUCAGGGGAACAGGAUGGAGAUGUCCAUCUUCUAUGUCAUUUAUUUUGUGGUGUUCCCAUUCUUCUUCGUCAACAUAUUCGUGGCCCUCAUCAUCAUUACCUUCCAAGAGCAGGGCGAUAAAAUGAUGGAGGAGUGCAGUCUGGAGAAAAACGAGAGGGCUUGUAUCGACUUUGCCAUCAGUGCCAAACCUUUGACUCGCUACAUGCCCCAGAACAAACAUACCUUACAGUAUCGGCUGUGGCACUUUGUGGUGUCACCCUUAUUUGAGUACACCGUGCUGACGAUGAUUGCCCUGAACACCAUCGUUCUCAUGAUGAAGCAUCAUGAUCCCCGUCCUAAAGACUAUGAAGAUGUGCUAAAAUACCUCAACACUGUGUUCACUGUUAUUUUCUCUGUGGAAUGUCUUCUCAAGAUCCUGGCGUUUGGUGUCAUGAAUUAUUUCAGAGACACAUGGAAUAUAUUUGACUUCAUCACGGUUCUAGGAAGCAUUGCUGAAAUUGCGGUUGAAAAAUUGCUGAGUGACAAACCUUUUAGUAUGGGCUUUCUUAAGCUAUUCCGGGCAGCUCGGCUGAUUAAACUUCUGCGUCAGGGCUACACCAUCCGUAUUCUGCUCUGGACCUUUGUCCAGUCCUUCAAGGCUCUUCCGUAUGUCUGUUUGCUCAUCGCCAUGCUGUUUUUCAUAUAUGCCAUCAUUGGCAUGCAGGUAUUCGGCAACAUCAAGCUAAAUGAAAAAAGCCAAAUCAACUCGCACAAUAACUUUAAAUCAUUCUUUGGUGCACUCAUGCUGUUGUUCAGGAGUGCAACAGGUGAGUCAUGGCAGGAAAUCAUGUUAUCGUGUUUAGGAGAGAAGGAGUGUGAAAUAGACAACUCAAUUCCUCUCAGCAACUUAACAAAGGGGAUAAAAAAAGAUUGUGGAACCGACUUUGCAUACUUCUACUUUGUAUCCUUCAUCUUCUUCAGUUCUUUUUUGAUGCUGAAUCUGUUUGUGGCUGUGAUCAUGGAUAAUUUUGAGUACCUGACACGUGACUCGUCCAUUCUGGGUCCUCACCACUUGGAUGAGUUUAUACGGAUCUGGGGAGAGUAUGACCGCGCAGCAUGUGGAAAACUACACUAUAAGGAGAUGUACAAAGUAGUACGCUCAAUAUCACCUCCGCUGGGCUUUGGAAAGAAUUGUCCCUACAGGGUGGCAUGCAAGCGGUUGGUUCUGAUGAACAUGCCAGUGGAUGAGGACAUGUCCGUUCAUUUCACCUCCACACUUAUGGCCCUGAUACGCACGGCACUGGACAUUAAAAUCGCUCGAGGAGGUGAGGACAGGGGUCAGAUGGAUGUAGAAUUGCAGAAGGAAAUCAGUGUCAUCUGGCCACACCUCUCCCAGAAAUCUCUUGAUUUUCUUGUACCCAUUAACAAAGCCAGUGACAUGACCAUUGGGAAGAUCUAUGCAGCUAUGAUGAUCAUGGACUACUACAAGCAGAACAAAGCUAAGAAGCUCCGUCAACAGCUUGAAGAACAGAAACAUGCGCCGAUGUUCCAACGCAUGGAUGCAUCCUCACUGCCACAGGACAUUCUCUGCAGUGCCAAGGCUAUGCCGUUCCUGUCCCACAGUGCAGGAUCUGCUCUCACUAGGGGUGGGUUUGUGGCACUGAGUCCCAUCUCCCCUCAAGAUUUCUUCAUGCAGCCCUUGGGCCAAGACAGCAUGGAGGAGAGGGAGGAAUACCAACACCACUAUCACCUCCAGAGCAUGGUGCCAGAGCACAAAGAAUUUAGCAGUGUGAUGUGCCCCAGUAGCAUGCAGGCUGAUCCUCUGCAAGUGCCAGGGAGAGGCGUCUCUAUCCGAGCCUCUUCCAUGCCUCGCCUGGAGGUAGAGCCACAGCAGGUAUCUUCAGAGAGCAAACUGAUGAAGCGUUCAUUCUCCACGAUUGGUGAUCAGUGUGUGAAUGGUGACUGGCAGGAAGAGUUCUCUCUGGAGAGGGUGAGCCCUGACCGACUGGAGAGACCCAGACAAAGAAGCUUCAGAGCUGUCAGAUCAAACCUGCGGGAGCCAGUGGACAAGGAGAGAGGACGGUCUAAAGAGCGAAGACACCUGCUGUCUCCAGACGUGUCUCGAUGUAACUCAGAGGAAAGGAGUCAGUCCCAGGAGAGACACCACUCUCGGUCACCCAGUGAGGGCAGGAAGCACACAACCCUCAGACCGGGAAAUAGUUCAAGCAGCCCAAUUCCCUCCACUUCUGAUUCAGGGACGCCUCGAGGGCGUCGGCAACUCCCAAAGACACCUUCUCGUCCUCGGCCCCACAUCUCCUACUCUCCUUUAGUGUGCCGUGCCAAUCCCGAGCUGGGGGAGGCUCGGUCAAAGGCCAAGCCUGCAGAGGAAGGGGGGGAGCCAACCGGGUCUGGCCCUGGCACCGCCCUGGCCCACUCCACCCCUCAACGAUACAUCUCAGAGCCAUACCUGACACUGCAAGAGGAUGUUAACAGUCCAGACUCAACCGGUGUGGAGGAGACUCUCACUUUCGAGGCUGCCAUAGCAACCAGCCUGGGCCGCUCGAACACCAUCAGUUCUGCCCCACAACUACGUCACACCUGGCAGGUGCCUAAUGGACAUUUACGUAAACGACUAGGACAAGCUACGUCUGGGACGUCAGGCUGUGAGCUUCUCAGUGACACUGAUGAGGAUGACCGGUGUUAGGGGUGUGUAGAAGAUUCUGUGUCACCGUACAGGGUGGAUUGAUGCCUCUGGACUUUGUGCCUCAGUCUAAGGAAAAAUAUGCCUGUGUGUGUUUAUUUGUGUAUCUGUGAAUGUGGAGUCUGAUCAGAGUUGUGUAAUCCUCUCAGAAGAACCGUACUAAAGAUCUGAAGAUCACAGCCUGCUUGUGGUGAAAUGGAAACAUUCUGUAAUGAUCAGCAGUCCUAGCAUGAGCACACUGAGGUUAAAGAUCAGGUUUGUGCCCUUAAACUUUCUCUGGACCCACCUCGCAGAUCAAGCACAGGCUAAUGCAGAUGAACCCAAACUCGUCAUUAGGAUUCGGGCCAUGCCCGAACGCACUCCAAACCUGCCUAAACAUUUUGAGACGUCCCAUCAGCAGAAGACCUGUAUAAUGCCGAUAAGGACAGCGUCUUCAAAGACAGCGUUUACAUAGUCCUUUCCCAGCAUGGUAUAGAGCAACAUACAUGUGGAUGCCACUUCUUUUUAAUUUUAGAGGCUGAUGGGCAGAGAACAGAUGCGUAACCAGGGCUUUGACAUCCUGAUUGUUCUGCUACCUAUGUCAUUGGUUCAUUUAGGAGGUACACACACACAUACAUUCCAGUACACACACUCAGAACGCAUGCAGUGAUGUUCAGUCUGUCCAUGACGAGAGGUAAAUACCCCUUUAACUACACAUCAUCAUAAUAAUGACUGACAUUCCGAGAAGGUAACAGGGACUUGAAGGACCUGAUGAAUUGUGCAUGACGUUUAAUGCAAGUGGAUCCAGGUGACAUCCUGGCCUUUAACAAUAGAGUCUAAAUGGAGGACUCGUGUACCAUAUGUAAAUAUUACAAAUCCGGUAUAUGUACUGAAAAGUCUUCAAGCCAUGUUUUCUGUAAAGAACCUAAAUUGUCUUAAAGAUGUUAUCUUUUGUGACAUGAUGACCAAACCAUGUCCUUUAUACUUGUAAUGCAAACUCUUUGAAAUGGACAUGGUUCACACUUUCCAAGUUAUGUUUGAUUAGACUUAUCAUUUUAUUCUUAACCAGCUGUUUUUUCUUGGCCCUUAACAUCUCUUAAAAGUCUCUCUUUGGGUGAAUCUCACAAAGCCUGUCUGGGUCAUUAUUUCAAAAUCCCAAAACCAAGAGGAUAGAAAUAAGCAAUUAUAUUUUGCAUAUAAUCCCUAUUUUAAUGCCAUUACGAAUAUGUGCAUUGUAACACAUGUUGUGUACAGUAAAUACAAUACAAAAGUAAAAAGGGUUGCUUCAAAAUGCAAAAACAUAUUUAGUUGUGAAGUAUUUAUGUUGUAAAAUCUUAUAUAAAGAUUCUUUAAAACUGUACAAAAUCUCUAAAGUUCUGGAUGAUAAUUUGGAGAAAAAUUGUCAUGAAAAUAAAUGUCAAUGCAAAUAAUCUUAAUUGUACAAAAAUAGGUUUCCUUGCUUCCUAUGCAAAGUAUCAUUUCAAUAAACAACAAAAUGUUGGGUAUAAUAUGACCUGAACAUGUUUUAGUGUGAUUCACCCCUCAAGCACUAUCAAUAGAAUGGGAAAGCAAUUGCAAUUAGCGUUUGUUGCCUUUGGGUUCAUUUGUAAUGUUUACUGUGAAUUUCUGUUUAGUUUAGAAACUGAAUGAGUCCUGUAGUUUAAACUGAUGGCAAGCAUCAAUUCCCUCUUACGUGCUUGGCCUAGCAGAAAUGCUGCUCUUAAGAAUGCAUUUGUAGAAAUUCAAAAUGUAUGUUUAGCCCGAAUGUGGGUGAGUUGCGAUUGAAAUGUAGCUGUAGGAAACGGGCAGAACGUGUAAAAUUAUUCUUUAGAGUAUUGUAGCGGAAAUAUGGAACAGUUGUAAUGUUCACCCAAAUGCCACUUCAGACCGGCCUCCCCUCUCAAUUCCCCUCAAAAACUGCAAAGAAAAAAAGCAAAGAUAAUUGCAUAGCAUUUUUAUUUAAAAAAAAAAAAACAUCUUCGGUUAGGUUCUGUAUAUCCAGCAUCUUAAUAAAAAAAAAAACAUUUUAAGAUCAGUUGCCCCUCAAGAGAAUUUCCGUACCAUGUGUUGUGUUGUAAUUUGUUUUCUUGACAUGUUCCUGAAUGUGAAUAGAGAGUAUUUGAUACUUGUUCUACCUGACCUACUGGGGGUCGCUGCCUUGUGAAUUAUAUGAAAUAAAAAACAAAAAAACA